GUCAUAGUGAAACGCUGCUGGGUGAACGAACUACUUGAUAAAUGGAUUUCUUUCUCCAGUAGGGUUCACGCCAAGUGACAUACUUGAAUAUUUAAUGAUCUCUUAAAUAAUACUAAUGACGUCAUCAGGAUGUCUGAUGAAUAUUUAAUGAGAUAGAAUAGCAGUACUGAAAACAGUCUAAUUUUUUUAUAGACACUCAAGAAGUUAGAGGACCAAAAUGUAGAAGACACUACACAGCCAGAGACAGGUGAACCUGAUAAUAAAGAGAGCACUAUUAAACAAUAUUUCGACAUCAAGAGAAUGCAGAUGAAAAAGGAAGAAAUGCAUCCUUUCAAUAUAAAGAAUCUGACUCUCUUCACGGAGGGUACAUUCACUCAGUUCCCAGACUCACCAACAGCACAGCACUACCUUAAAGCCUUUCAACUUGUGAAAAAAGGAGUGGAUAAACUUCAAACCAGCAGCUUUAAAGAUCCCAAAGGAAUAAAACUGAUUGCUCAAGGGAUUCUUUAUGAAAACUCUAUCAUACAGUCAUUUCCUGAAUUAACAAUGCGUAAACACAUGGUUUUUGGUUUGAUUCKUGAGCAACUACGAGUUAACCCCUAUUUUUUUGAGGGCUUACUUUUAUUAUUCAAACUCUAUCCAACAGAACAAAAACUUAGUUUAGAAAGCUAUAAAUUAGAUUUCAAGAAAAGCAUGUCUUUGAAAAAUCUUAUUCUGCUGAUCGAGAAAGCUGAGCCAGGCAAGCCACCCAAAGAAGAUCCAUACAACUUUGAAGAAGAAUACAGCAGCUGGUUGCAUGUGCUGUAUUACUUCCUAGGAUCUCUUUAUGUUAUUACUGAUUGCUUUAGAGAGGGAGCCGAAGCCUUUCAGCAAUCACUGCAUUGUUGUCCCAGUUACUAUGAAGCAAAAAUGGGACUAGCUUAUUGUUUGACGAACAUGGCCGCAAACGAUGUCAAAGAUCAGCAACGCAGUGCUGAUGAAGAAUUACUAGAAUCAUUUGAGCCGCCCAAAAACCAGAGAAUACCCAAAGGAGACUACCUAACAUUGACAGACCAACAGCUCAGACAGAAAGCCAAGCAGUUGUUCAUGGAAUAUCUACAAGAAGCACCUGAAUGUGACAAGAAGUAUCCCAACUGUCACUAUCAUUUGGCAACUAUAUAUGUCAUCGAGAAAGACAUACAGGAAGCCAUGAAGUGGAAAGAAAGAGGCGAAGAUGCUGAAGAAAAACGAUUGCCUUUUAUGGAGCCUGUUGAUGUUGGUUCUAAGAAAGCAUUGGAAUUGCUUGAUAUAUUUCCAAUUCCAAAGAAAAUUAAGAAGAAAUGCAGUAACAAAAAGUGCCCUCGAAAAGAAACUGAGACGUUAACGUUGAAGCCAUGUCCAUGUCACAAAGCUUCAUAUUGUGGAAGUGAAUGUCAAGCAGCGGACUGGAAGGAGCACAAGAAGACAUGUUCACAAAAGAAGAAAAAAAGUCCACGAUGAUAUAAGAUUCGUUUAUCGAAGUAUGAUGAUCAUCCGGGUAGAUGUAAUCCUGAGAAGGACUGUUUGAUGGGACUGACGUUUCGACAACCUGAGCGGAAGUCAUCUUAAGAUUCAUUCACCUGGGUUCAGACCGUUCUAUACGAUAUAAGAUUUCUUUGCACCAAGUUUGAGUUCGAGGUCAAAUUCAUUGUUCAGGUGGAGUUUGAGUUCAGGCUAGAUUUCAAAUAAGAAAAUAUGAAGUUAAUGUUCUUUUAAAUGUUCGGAAAACAAUAAAUUAAAUGGGGAAAAAACAGAAGCAAAAGUUUCAUCGCUGGUAUUGUGAGCAAGGACGAAAUUUUUUAAGUAUUAAAAUUACGUUCAGUACAGUCAUUGUAGCAAAGACUACCUACAGUGAGGGUUAAAAUCCGUAGAUGGCUGAGUAUAAGCGAGAUUAUCAAAAGAAUAGACUUACCAUUUGAGAAAAGCCAUGACAAACUCGUUGGUGAAACAUGCAGUCGUCUCGACAAAUCACGGGCUCACAAAAAUAUUUUUGAUGAGAACCGUCGUAACAAACUCGAAGUCAUAUACUUAUUUCGAUUAAAUUAGUCACAAACCCUAUAAAGCAUAGUCACCAAAUCACCUUAUAGAAUAUUUAGGAUAGUACGCGCGCGCUGAUUGGUCGAAAACUGUGCUUUUAUUAGUGAACAGACCACAGUGCUGACGCCAUCUGCGCACGCAAAGUGCUGCUUGAUCCUGCAACCGUCUUUCUUUUUGCGUAAAUGAAUUUAAUACUGAAAAAAAAACAAAAACUACAUAAUAAAACUCAACACAAAAAGUGUUCAUCUUACUCUUCUUCCUGCUUACUUCACUACCAGCGUGCUUUAUUAUUGAACGGAGCAUGUUUUAUUUGUUAACUCAAGCUGUUCUUUAGGUAAAUUGUAGCGAUGUCUUCCUCGACUACCUUACACUUAUUAAAUGAAAUUUUCGCGACACUUUACUUUCGCGAUUUUCGAAAAAUGGCGAAAUUAAAUUGAUGCGAAAAUAGAAAUGACGUGAAAAUCAAGUGACCACCCAUAAUGCAUAUCUAAAUAAAUUUUGAAUUUAAUGAAAAAACACGAACUGUAUCUCGUAGAAACUGAUCAAGUGAUUAGUACCAGAACUGGACCGCCACCCGGCUAGCUUAGUUGGUAAGAGCGUCGGUCUGUUGUGCGGAAGGUCAACACUUAGGAUCUUAAAAUAACUGAGGAGAAGGUGCUGCGUUUGUAAUAG